GGCAGGAGGCGCCGCGCCACGCGCGGGGCGAGGGCGCGAGGGCGCGCGGGUUAACGGCAGUGUGGGAGCGGCGCGGGAACGCGGUGGCGGCGGGCUGUGCCGGAGGACACAGCCUUUGCCCUGUCAUUGGCCAGAGCCCUCAGUCCUUGUCCAUGACGACUGGCCCACCAUGUUUUAUGGGACCCACUUCAUCAUGUCUCCACCCACCAAGAGCAAGCUGAAGCGGCAGAGCCAGCUGUUAUCCAGCGUGCUGUCCCGGACGCUGAGCUACAAGUACCGAGACCUGGACACCACCUUCUCCAGCCUGGGUGCGAGCGAUGACCCUGCAGAACUCUCCACCCAGCUCUCGGCCCCUGGGGUCCUGAAGGUGUUCGGGGACAGUGUCUGCACGGGUACCCACUACAAGAGCGUCCUGGCCACCGGCAUGUCCAGCGCCCAGGAGCUGGUGAAGGAGGCCCUGGAGCGCUAUGCCUUGAGCCCAGAGUGCGCCAGCCAGUAUGUGCUGUGUGACGUGGUGGGCCAGGCUGGUGACCCUGGGCAGCAGUGGCAGGCUGAAUGCUUUCGGGUCUUUGGGGAUAAUGAGAAGCCCCUCUUGAUCCAGGAAUUGUGGAAACCCCGAGAAGGCUUGUCCCGGAGGUUUGAGCUAAGAAAGAGGUCAGACGUGGAAGAGCUGGCAGCCAAGGACGUGGACACUCUGACUGCAGGGAUAAACGCCCAAGCCCGGAGGCUGCAGCGGAGCCGUGCCAAGGGAACCCCAGCCCUGGCUUCAGAGGGUGCCCAGAGCCCCCCUACACCCCGGCUGCGCCGCACUGUCAGUGAGAGCAGCCUGAGCUCGGCCACCACCCCGGGCCCCGAGGAACGCGGCCAGGAAACCAUGCGCUACUCACUCUAUGAGUCUCCCCACCUGCUCCUUCUGCAGGGCUACAGCCAACAGCAUGACAGCCUGGUGUACCUGCUCAAUCGGGAACAGCACACGGUGGGCCAGAGGACCCCUUCCAGCAAGCCCAGUGUCAGCCUCUCGGCCCCCGACAUCCUACCCUUGCACUGCACCAUCCGCAGGCACCAGCCUUCCAGCCCAGAGCAAGCAGGGAGCAGGCUGGUCCUGGAGCCCAUCCCCGGGGCACCUGUCUCCAUCAACUUCUCUGAGGUGGGGGGCCGGGCAGUGGUGUUGCGCCAUGGGGACCUGCUCUCCCUCGGCCUCUACUACCUGCUGCUGUUCAAGGACCCAGCGCAGGCCCAGCCCCUGCCUGCCCAGGCACUGGCCCGACUGCGUGCCGUGCCGCGGAGCUGCAGGAUGUGUGGCGCCUCGCUCCGGGCCCGGGGUGCCUCCACCUCUGGCUCCACACGGGUCCCCCCACCCCGGCCAAGGCUGCUGCACCUGGAGUUUGAGCCCGAAGUGGAGGAUGCACUGCUGCAGCGAAUCAUGACUCUGAUUGAGCCCAGUGGGGACGACCACAAGCUCACCCCUGCCUUCCUCCUUUGUCUUUGCAUCCAGCACUCAGCCACCCGCCUGGAGCCUGGCUCAUUUGGGCAGCUCCUGCUCAAGAUAGCCAAGGCGAUCAGAGAGACAGUCUGGGAGAAAACCAAAGAACUGGCGGAGAAGCAGGCACAGCUCCAGGAGCCCAUCUCCCUAGCCAGCUUUUCCAUGGCUGGCCUGGUGCCAGACCUGCAGCACAUUCUUUUCUGGAUGUCCAACUCAGUUGAGCUCCUAUACUUCAUCCAGCAGAAGUGCCCGCUCUAUAUGCAGAGCUUGGAGGAGGAGCUGGACGUCACAGGCUCCAAGGAGUCCCUGUUCUCCUGCACGCUGACGGCCAGUGAGGAGGCCAUGGCGGUGCUGGAGGAGGUCAUCCUGUAUGCCUUCCAGCAGUGCGUGUACUACGUCUCCAAGUCCCUGUAUGUCUGCCUCCCGGCCCUGCUGGAGUGCCCCCCUUUCCAGACAGAGCGCCGGGAGAGCUGGUGCUCUGCUCCCCAACUGCCGGAGGAGCUGCGCCAUGUCGUGUCCGUGUACCAGGCCACCCUGGACCUCCUGCGGCAGUUCCAGAUGCACCCUGAGAUUGCCUCCCAGGUGCUGGCAUACCUCUUCUUCUUCUCCAGCACUCUGCUCUUCAACCAGCUCCUGGACAAGGGCCCCUCUCUCAGUUGCUUCCACUGGCCCAGAGGUGUCCAGGCCUGUGCCCGCCUGCAGCAGCUCCUGGAGUGGAUGAGGAGUGCCGGCUAUGGGGAGGCCGGAGAGCGCUUCUUCCGGAAGCUUUCUUGCACACUCAACCUGCUGGCCACUCCCCGGGCCCAGCUUAUCCAGAUGAGCUGGGCAAACCUGCGGGCUGCGUUCCCCACCCUGAGCCCCGCGCAACUGCACCGGCUGCUGACUCAGUACCAGCUGGCCUCGGCCAUGGGCCCCAUGAGCGCCUGGGAGCCGGGUGCCCAGGACAGCCCUGAUGCCUUCAAGUCAGAGGAUGUCCUGGAGUCCUAUGAAAACCCCCCGCCUAUCGUUUUGCCCAGUGAGGGCUUCCAGGUGGAUCUGGAAGCAGAUUGCCUGGAUGACAGCAUCUACCAGCACCUCCUCUACAUCCGCCACUUCCUGUGGAGCCUGCGCAGCAAACCCAGUCCUGGGGGUGGGCCGUCCCAGCCAGAGUACCUCCAGGUACCUGGGUCCAACACAGGGCCUGGCUGCUGCCCUGGGCAGCUCGUGGAGCCCCGGCUGCAGAAGGCUGGGGAGACCCCUCUGGUUCUCCUACCACGUUGGGCCCCUCCUGUCAGCCUGUCAAUACCUGAACUCUUUCUCCCUCUCCCCUGCCUCCAGGGCCCACACCACACCACCCCAGAAGGGCACCCAGAGGGCCAGAGCUGCCCGCUGGUUUCCAGGGGAGCCCGUGAAGCCAGCCAGAUGCGCGCUCUUCCUUCCUCAGGGGCUCCCCGAGCACAGGGCCCUCCGGGAAGGCAGAGCCGCGGGGGCCUCCAGGCUGGCCCUCUGCAUGCAGACUCCUCGUGCCUGCUCACACCUCCCGGCACCCCACUCGGCCUCGAGCCCGCUGUCCCCGACUGGCCAGAGCCUGGUGGCACCUGUGGGCAAGCGCUCCUGGAAGGGAGGAGGAAUGGACAAAGUGGCUCCCGGGGGGCAGCUCCAGAAGGAGAUGGGGCGGGUCAUGAGGACGAGCCCCCUGCCGCCCCCUCCAGCCACAGCUCCAGCACCGAGGACUUCUGCUAUGUCUUUGUGGUGGAGCUGGAGCGGGGCCCCUCUGGACUGGGGAUGGGCCUGAUCGACGGGAUGCACACGCCGCUGGGCUCCCCUGGGCUCUACAUCCAGACCCUGCUCCCGGGUAGCCCUGCAGCGUCGGACGGCCGGCUGUCCCUGGGAGACCGCAUCCUGGAAGUGAACGGCAGCAGCCUGAUGGGCGUCAGCUACCUGAGAGCCGUGGACCUGAUCCGACACGGGGGAAAGAAGAUGCGGUUUCUGGUUGCCAAGUCUGAUGUGGAAACAGCCAAGAAGAUCCGCUUCCGCACGCCGCCUCCCUAGGGUGGCCGCCCCUGUGCUCCCCACCCUGCUGCUCCCGCGCUCAUGCCGUGUUCCCUGUUGUGGAUAAUGUACAUCUUAGUGUAUAUUUUAUUUAUAUGACAGAUAACACUAAGUUGUGAUGUUUGUUACAGAGCUUUUAUGUUUAAAAAUUUUAAUGGAAACGUAUAGAUUCAAUAAACUAUCUUUCGUAUUCUGAGA